UUGGAAAGAGGAGGCGCUCGCUGACCAGGAGAGGAGCUCCAGUUUUGAUGAAGAGGAUCCAGAACCUCUGCAGAUUAAAGAGGAGAAGGUUGAGUUUGGACAUCUGCAGAUAAAAGAGGAAGAUAUGGAGCUCCUCGUCAGUCAAGAUGAAGAGCAGCUUGAGCUGAAGGAGGAGUCUGACACCUUCAUGGUGACGCCUACUGAUGAGGAAAGCUUUCACACCGAACCAGAACCAAACUGGUACCCGCUUGACUCUCAGGACUCCCCUGAAAGUGACAACCAGGAUCAGGAAGGAAGCAUUUCAGAAGACUGGGGGUCAAAGAGUGAUGAAGAGCAAAUGCUAAAUGAGCAGGAUCAGGAAACGAGACAAUAUAAUCAGUAUUCUAAGAACUCAAAUCAAGAAGGGCACAGUGCUCACAAAGAAAAGAAACAAUAUUCUUGCAAAAUGUGUGAUAAAAGCUUUUCCCAGAAUAAUAACCUAACGAUACACAUGAGAAGUCACACCGGGGAGAGGCCUUUCUCGUGCGAGACAUGUGGCAAAGGUUUUACAACAAAAUCGAAUUUAACCCUUCACUUGAGAACUCACACAGGUGAGAAGCCUUUUCCGUGCAUGACCUGUGGAAAAAGCUUCAGUCUAAAAUGUAUUCUAACUGAGCACAUCAGAACUCACACCGGUGAGAAACCCUUCCCAUGUCUGGCCUGUGAGAAAAGUUUCCCAUCCAAAAACCAUUUGAAUAAGCAUUUGAGAAUUCACACUGGUGAGAGGCCAUUCUCGUGUAUCACCUGUGGGAAAAGGUUCAGUCUGAAGUGUAAUUUAACUGAACAUAUGAGGACUCACACUGGUGAGAAGCCUUUUCAGUGUUUGGCUUGUGACAAAAGUUUUAACUCUAAAAACCAUUUGAAUAAACACCUGAGAGUCCACACAGGUGAGAGGCCUUUCUCCUGUGUGAUCUGUGGAAAAAGGUUCGCUCAGAAAAGUUGUUUAACGGAUCACAUGAGAACUCACACGGGGGAGAAACCUUUUCUUUGUGAUAUGUGUCAGAAAGCCUUCAGCCUGAGGAGUAGCUUGAAUAACCACAUGAGAACCCAUACAGGUGACAAGCCUUUCUCAUGUGACACCUGUGAAAGAACGUUCACGUUAAAGAGUCGUCUGAAUAGACACAUGAGGUCUCACACAGGGGAGAAACCGUUUACAUGUAAUGCAUGUACUAAAACCUACAGCCUAAAGAGUAGUUUGACCAAACACAUGAAGACUCACAUCUGCUAGGAGCAUUUCUUCUGUAGGCCUAUACAGUGUAGAGAUAAAGAUGUUAGUAACCACUAACAUGAAAGCUCAUAUUUUAAUGUGAUAUGGAAAUAGUGACUGUUCACUAUGACUGGACUUAAACUUUAUUAUUAAAUUUUGUGGUGCCGUUGUGAUAAUUAUAAAAGUGACAAGAACUAUUUAUUACAUCUUUUUUAGGUAACUUUAUGACUACGACUGCUCUUGAAAAACAUUCCCAUUUGUAAUGCGCUUCUUUAGGAAAAAUACUAGUUUUGUAAAGAAGUCUAAUUUAUAUCACUUCUUGAAUAUUCAAAUGUAAUGAUAUUUAUUGAUGUUUUUGUUGAACAACCAGUGGAGAAAAUAGUAAAACUAUCAACUCUGAUAAUAAUGACUCUUCUAGGGAUUUUUAAAUAUCACUAAUUGGAGUUCAUAAUAGCAACAAUAAAUCAAAAUUCUUAUGUAGUGUUCACUUUAAAUUUUGCAAAUAAGAAUGUGCAAUGUGAGUUUUACUACUUCCUUGUAUAUAAUGGGGACAUAAAGCUAAUUAUUAAAUAAUCUAAAGUCAAAUAAGGCCAAUGGAUUAAGAAAAAACAGAUCAAAAUAGUUGUCAUUUCUUCCAAAGGCAAAAUUAUUGCCAAAUCCUCAGUCUGUUCAGUAUUAUUAAACACAUUAAGCUCAGGGGAUUUACAUAUAAAUUAUUUCUCAUAAAAUCAAAUGUUGGUAUGUUUUUUUUUUCACUUUUUCAAUUCAAAUUCAAAAGAUACUUUAUUGAUCCCAAAUAGAAAUUAGAUGUUGCUGCAAUUCAUCAAUUAAAGGUUCUUCAAAAAAUUAUUGUACAUUUUUAUACAUCCAUUUGGGUCUCUACUGAUUCUAGAAAGACUCCACGUGUUUAAAAAAGAACAAAGAGUUAAUAUUUUUUGGUGUCUAGACAGCAAACAGUUUCAAAAACCUUUUGUAAUAUAAUGUUACAUAGCAACAGGCAUUGCCUUGUUACAAAGCUCGAGCAUGUUUGGUCAGCUGGUUUUGCUGUAUGUGCUGUACAAUGGCUGCUGGAAAAGGCAAGAGGCCCUAAAACAGCUCAUUCUGAAAGGAGCUCAAAAUAGUCAGAACUGACUAAAUCUGUGUCUGAGAAUUAUUCUGGGUGAAAAAUGUUAUGAAGGUGUUUUGUGUAGCCCACAGUCCUAACUCAUUCAAGGAACCAUAACAACCAUAACACCAUAACAAUUAAGAUGGCCUUCCUGCUCCUCCUCUUACAGAUUAUAGAUUUCCUUCCCAAAAAUCAGUUGCAGUGAAAAGCCACCAUGUUUGUGUUUGUCUUUUCAUUCAUUGCAAAUAUUGACUCCAGACGAUGAGUUGUCCAUUCAGCUACUGCAGAAAUAAAAAAUAUAUAUAUCA